UGGAAGAUCUGAAACUAAUGAUAUUCCAGAAACAGCUGCUAAAAAUAUUGAGGAUUGCAGUAACUCUCAAGGAGCUAAAUCUCUUUCAAGUGCUGCUGAGAAAGAGACUUGUGUCAUUUUAAGAAGAAAGGAGAAACCAGCAGCUGUUGUGAAAAAAGCAAGCAAUGUUCAUAAUACUAUGAACAGAAUAAAUCAGAAAACUUUAAAGAAAACUCGAAAGAUUUAUGAUUGAUGGAGUAAUUGUUGUUACCACUACAAGUAAAAUAAUAUAUGGAGAUGAAGAUAAACCCGUGAAAGAAGACCAUAUUCUCCGGAAACUCGAAUUGAGGGAGUUAAAGAUGUUACAGAAAUUAGAAACUAAGCAAUUUCAAGAUUUAGGUGCAAAAGCCCAAAUCGCUCGAGAGCAAGCUGAGAAAAGAUUUGAUCAGGAAAUGUCUGCAUUAAUCCGUAGCUACGAUGCUGAUCUUGAGGUAUUAGGUAGACAGCAGAAACAACAAUUGGAAAGGGCUGAGCAACAGCAAGAUUUAGACUUAAAAAUAGCAUCAAAGAAGGUCAGAGCUGAGCAGGAUCGUGAAUUGAGAGCAUUCAGGGAAAGCCUGAAACAUGAGUUAAAGCUCUUAAAGCAUGAAAUUGAUUUAUUGCCAAAAGAGAAAAGGAAAGAUGUUUUUAAGGAUCGCAAGGAAAAUCUUGAUGUAGAACAUUCGGAGAAAGAAUUAGCUUUUCUGAAGAAGUUAAAUAUAAAUCAUGAACUUUCUAUGAAGAGACUUAGUGAUAGUUAUGCUGCUAAAAUUGCUCUGUUAGAACGUCAGUUUUUGCAGCAAAAACAACAGCUUCUUAGGGCUCGAGAAGCAGCAAUCUGGGAACUAGAAGAGAGGCAUUUGCAAGAAAAGCAUCAGUUAUCAAAACGACAGUUGAAAGACAUUUUUUUCCUUCAGCGCCAUCAAAUGCUAGUACGUCAUGAAAAGGAACUUGAACAGAUUAAGAGAAUGAAUGCAUGUAAAGAAGAAGAAUUACUUAAAUGGCAAGCUAUUGAAAAAAGACAACUGCCAAAGCGCAUCAGAGCAGAAAUGAAAACCAGAGAAUUAAUGUUUAGGGAGAGCUUACGAAUAAGCAUGGCUAAUUUGUCUGAAUCACCUGAGGACGAAAGAGAAAAGAUAAGAAAAUUUCAGGAUGGAGAAAAGAAACGAUAUAAAGCAGAGCAACAGCGUCAUGAGUUAAAGCAGAAAAAGCAGUUGGAAGAGUUAAGGAUAUCUGCUGAAACCACUAUAAAAGAACUUGAGCAAUUACAGAAUGAGAAAAGAAAGAUGUUAAUGGAGCAUGAGACAACAAAAUUAAAGCAACUGGAUGAACAGCAUGCAGCAGAGUUGCAGGAAUGGAAAAUUAGUUUAAAACCUCGUAAACAGAGCUUAGAGGAAGAAUUUGUUUCUCAAAGAGAAGAACUAGAAUCUAUUCUUAAAGAACGUUUAUCUGAAGAUUACUGUGCUCCUUCCACAUCAAAAGAAGUAUUUCAUCCAUCCUACUAAGUUUUGUUGUAAUGAAUUUAGGCAAUUAAUGUAUGUGACUUCGUGAGUGCCUUUUCCAUUGUGCCAAUUUUUUGGAUGUUUAUGUAAUUGCAAGUUACAUUGCAAAAGUACAUUUCUGUAAAAAGACAAAGAAAUCAAAAUUACUAUGAAACGGCUCUUUUCUCAAGUUGAAGAUAGGAGACUGAAAUGGUCAUUAAAUCUGUGAUAUAUUUGAUAUAAUAGUAUUUUGUACUGAAAUAUUUAACUCCAUAAAAUGUUAAUAUUUUUUAUCUAAAAAAUUCUCAUUAGAACGAUUUUGAAGGUUAUGAAGAAUUUUUUUCAUGUGAUUAGUAUGUGUUCAUUAGCCAUCAGUUGUUAUGAAUCUCAUGUAUAAUUAGUAGCUUUGGAUUUACACUACUGUUGUUUUUAACAACUGCUGAAGUACGGUAGUGUACUAUUUGCAUUUAAUUUAUAUUUUAGGCAGUAUGAAAAUAUUUCUUUCUGUAAGCAUACUAAGUACUAAAGAAGUUUAGUCAUUUUUAGACAUGCUUAUUUUACCCUAGUUUUAGACACAUAUAAUAUACUCUUUAGAGCUGUUAUGUGUAUUUCUGAUUAUUGAGAACUUGUAAUUAUUGAGACCAGUCUGUGUGUAACAAGAGAAAUUAGGAACAACUAAUUUGUGCCUUUUUCCUUUUAAUCUAUAGCGAUAAGUGUUAGUUUAAAUUCUAUUCAUUUUAAAACAGUAUUUUAUCUAUCCUUACUAGUUAUUUUUUUAAAAAUGAUUCAAAGUUUCCAAUACAAAUGGAAGGUUUUAAAUAUUUUGAGAAUUUGAUUAAAAAUAGAUUAGCCUGCAGGUUAAAUGAUGUUCUUGUACUUUACAACCACAAACAAACAAGUGAAUUGCUGGGGAAAUGUAAACAUGAUUGGUUUUGUUUGGACCCACUAAACUACAACAAAAAUUAAAACUUAAUUAUUGAAAAUUUCCUCCCUUGACUCCUUUCCAAUAUGCACCCACCAGCGGCCGAGCGGUAAAGACGCUGAACACUGGGAGUUCGGUCUGAGGUUCGAAUCCCGCGAAUGGGCUGGCUGCAUGGGCGUUUUCGUGGUUUUCCCCAUGUGUAACGUGUAUACG